CAGUAAACAAACGUCAUUUUCACAUGUUUUACUCGAAGUCCAAUCCAAACAUUUGUUUUUAAUUUAAAGAAAAUAUCCUUUUAAAUCUGUAUUAACCUAUUAUAUUUUAAAAUGGUUACUGAAGGAACGAAAUCUACUGAAUUCAAGCUCCGAACUAUGAAAUGCGAAAUGAAUUUCUUGAGUAAAUCCGAUGGUUCGGCUAUUUUGUCUCAAGGGGAAACUGUUGCUUUGGUCAGUGUAAACGGGCCUUUGGAUAUUAAAAUGGGAAGCCAAAGUAUAGAAAAGUCAACUCUUGAAGUGCUCUUCAGCAGUAAAAGUGGGAAACCCUCUGUACAGGACAGAUAUAAAGAGAAUGUGAUAAGGCAGACCUGUGAGACUGCAAUACUGGGUUGUCUGUACCCACGCACCGGGAUCACAGUCACCAUACAAGAGCUUGAAGAUUAUGGAGGGCUUCUCGCAACCUGCAUUAACUGCACCUGCCUAGCAUUGCUGAACUCUGGUGUAGCCAUGAAGUAUGUCUAUGCGGCGGUCACCUGUGGUGUCAGUGAGGAUGGCAAUAUCAUCCUGGACCCCACUCCUGUGCAGAGGGAGAAGUGCCUGGCAGAUAUGACCUUUGUGUUUGAUAGCAGAGAGAAGAAAUUGAUUACCAGCUUCACAUCGGGCACGUUCUCGGAGGCCGCCCACCAGGAGGCGCUGGCGCGGAGCCGCGCCGCCAGCGACCUGCUGUUCGCCUUCUACAGAGACAUGCUACGGAACUACUCACAUGUUAUACAGUAGUAAUAUGUAUAUGUAAUUAUAUUGGUUAAGUUAUACAGUAA